AUGGAGGCCGGCUCCGGUGCCCACGUCAAGCUCCCCGGCAGGGGCCAGCUCCUCCCCGGCACCGGCCGUCGCGUCGUCUUCCUCUCUGGCCCCUUCCGCGCCGUCAUGGACGCCACCGAGCUAGCCCUCGGCCUCGUCUCCGGGUGUAGGCUGAAGCAGCAAGUCUACUCUAGUUGCUUAUUGCUUAGUGGCUUCUUGGAUAAGAUCAAGCACUCAUUGGGGCCUCUACCACAAAUUCACCUGCCCAACUCCGCAAGGAAGGAGCAGCGGCGGGGCUGGAGAAGCACCGGCGACCCUGGGUCGAGAAGGAGCAGCGACGGGGGAGGAGAAGCAUCAGCGACCCUGGGCGGAGGAUCUGCUCGAGUUGGCUGA